CCUAGGUCAUCCCUCUAGCUUGCAAUUUUUUCCGCACUUAAAAUCAAUGAUUUGCUACCCUUGAAGCUACUACCUAAUGACUGGGGAAGUAUUGCCUGCCUGCGAUCUGUGCUAUUCGAGAAAAGUGAAGUGCGAUAGACAAGAAAAGUGCUCGAAUUGCGCAGAUGCCGGUACUGAAUGUCGACGUUCACGGCCUCAUCGGCCCACGAAGCCGAAAUCUCUGUCGGGUGUGUCGGCUCUUGAGGAACGCAUCUUGAAUUUAGAAAAAGUAGCCUCCAGCUCUCGAAGCAGGACCAGUCUAAGCCCAAAUACUAGUCAUGACCAUGAGGCAGAAGACGAACACUUUGUCAAACGGAGAAAGCUCGAGCAUACUUCGCCACACGGCAGUACAGAAUCAAUCGGAGGCCCAGAUGACUCCACUCAUCAUGCCAAAUAUGCCAAGGCUAUCAUCCAAAGCGAGCUUGAUGGCAGUGAAAAUAUCAGCCGUGAGCGGUGGUCGACCCUCCGAGCUGCUUUGAGCUUUGUCGACGGGAUGGCCAAAGGAGACAGCAACUCAGAGUCAGGGAAGGAUUUACCAUCCCAGGUACCGAGCCACGACCCCAAAAUUGUUGUUCCUGAUGCGCCCCCGCGAGAAUUAUUAUAUAUGCUUCUUGAAGAGCCUUCGGUCGCGGAAGUACCGGGGAAUCGUCUCACAUGGCCAGAUCAUAUCUCACAAAAGACACUGGAGAGAAUGAUAGUCUAUCUCCUAGAGGAUGAGUCUCGGGGGCAAAUCUUUCACCAAUACUCCGUGUGUGUCUAUGUGAAAGCUAUUUCACGUCUAUACAAUCUCUCAAGGGUGUCCACAAACAAAUCUCUCCAGUACCAAUUCGGCAAUACCAGACGGUUAUAUGAAGCGGCUGCUAUCCAUGCGCUCAAACAACUUGAUAUUCUUGCCAUGCCAAGCCUGGCCUUAAUUCAUGCAUUGCUAUCUGCUGGUCUUUUGAUGCUAUCCCUAGGAAGAGCAAACCACGCCUGGGUUCUAGCCUCCUAUGCCUCUCGCCUGAUAGUCUCUUUGAACUAUCACGAAAUAAGCGAUCCUUCCCAGGAAGAUGAAGAAGUCAAGAGCGUCUUGUACUGGUGCUACUUUGUCGAUCGAACCCUCAGCGCCCUCCUAAUCCGACCGCCGUCAUUACCCAAUCUCCAAGUCUCGCCCACCGAUCUAGUCAGAAUAGAGACAUCAGUACCCUAUACCCCGCUCAUCCGCGUCAUAAUAGACCUGGCCCAAAUCCAGGACCAACUGCUCGAUAUCUCACUCAACGGGAAGCACAGAGGUGCUGGCCAAGUCCUAUCUCAAUGUCAAAGCCUGCAAGAGAGAAUGUGUAUUAUCUAUACCAAUUUGCGAGCUGGCGGUGACUCUAUACCUGAAAUUAUCAAAAGUGACUGGGUGGCUGUCGACUUCUGCUACUACGCCAUUCUCGUCGAGAUCCUGCGAACACGUCUACGAUACGCUCCUAGCCCGCUAACACAUCGAGAAUGCCUCUCCUACGCCCGAUGCUCCUUGAAAGCGUUCCAAUACCUCCAGGAACACCUCGCAGAUGUGGUUGAUUUCACCCCAUAUCCAUUCUUCCUCACAUGGACCAUGUUCAUGUACCCCCUCACCCCCUUCUUCGUCCUCGUCUGCAACAUCAUCGGAACCCUCGAUAAAGAUGACUACCACCUCAUCCGCGCCAUCACGCAAGGCCUCGCCAAAUUCACUGAAAGCCCCUACGUCUCCAAGAUGCUCAGCCUCCUCACCUCCCUACAGCGCCUGUGCGAGCCCUUAUUCCAGACCGUCGAGAACCAGGACCCUCCACCGCCGCAAGGCCGACGAUGGUUUCCGUCCGUUACCUCCGAGCCGGAGACUACCACCCCCGCGCAGAGUGCGAGUACAUAUGGGGCCGAGAACCCGUCGGUGUCGUCUGCGGCGCCUGUUGGGCCGCCGGCGGAACUGUGGAUGCAGGGGCAGUAUCCGGCUGAGGUUACGCCGUCGACAGAGGGCAUGAUGUGGCAGUUGUUUAAUAGUCAGUUAUCUCUAGGGCUGUUUGAGCCGGAUUAUUUGUCUUUUGGGACGGGUUGAUGUGCAGUAUCUAGAUAUUUAUUUGGGGUUGGGGCGGAUUGCGUCAUUGGAUCGGCCACUGCUGUUUGUCGGUGUAUAUAUCCUAAGCUUCACCGUGGGUAUUUCGGAGUAUUCUGGAGUUGAGAAUCUACCUACCUUCGAUACCGCUCAUCUCCUAUCUGCCGCUGCAAAUAACCAGACCCAAACAUACUUCCUUAUCGUCCAAUCAUCGCCCGUCGCCCGUUCACAUGAUACGAUACAAGUCACCUGACCGCUUAUCUCAUCUCAAACAGAGCAAAC